UGAACUGAUCUGGGUAAGAGGACUCCUACAUCAAAAGAACGAUGUGAAAAUACAACUUGUUCAUGACAGAGGCAACGCUGGUCCCUGAUGACUUUUCUCUAUCUCAGUGUAUGUCCCUUGUGUUUCAAUAUUUACGCUUAGCAAGUUCAAGUUUUGCUGAGUUCAGAAUAUCCCAGGUGCGCUAUGCUGGAAUAGGAUAUGCUGUGUACGUUUGGAAGUUUAAGCCAUUGAUGUUGCUCAUUACCCAACUCUCACAAUCAGGAUGUACAUACUAGGUAUGUAUCCUCGCAUAGACUCUGUUUUUUCUUAUGACGGGCGGUAUACAGGCGAUGUUCCAACUAUUUCGAUGACAGAUACAGUGAGCCUUGUCAUAUAUGACGUAUAUGAUUGGACGAGUGACGUUGUAGAGGCAAUACUGGGCGCUAUCAUGAUCGCUCGGUUACAUGCCAUGUAUCAGCGAUCCAGAAAGGUGCUGAUAUUUCUCGUUGCCACCUUUCUGGCCAUCAAAAUCGCCAAUGCAGUGACGCUCGCAAUAAUCACGAUGCAAACUUCAGGAGAGGAAUUCGUUCUCUCCGGCACAUAUCAGUGCAUCAUUGACAACACGGGAGAUUCCUUAGUUCUAAAUUCAACGACUUGGAUACUUGGCACUGUAUGGGAGGUCCUUGCACUGUGUCUCGCAGUCUGGAUUGCUGUAAAGCACUUCCAUGAACUACGACAACACUCAACAAGCAGUAUUCUUGGGGACUGUUUCACGGUGUUGAUGAAAACUCACGUUAGUUACUUUGCAAGUUUUUUGGCUAUCUCUUGCUUCCAGAUCGGUAUAUUCUCUCCAACGCUCUCAGCGGACUUAUUCUCCCUGGACACUCAGAUUUAUCUUGGUCUCUCUCAGAUAUUCCAGUUCGUGCAGUUGUUUGUGCUGGGACCGCGCUUGAUCCUCGGUGUUCGAGAAUAUUACGCUGAGCUCGUGGCUGACUCUGAUGCAGCAACCGCUAUGACUUCAAUUGCUUUUCAGGAGUGCGUUCAUGUAUCAACCGACAGUAGUGUGUAGCGCAGGAGAUGCUCGAUAUGAU